UGAAUAUAUCCACUGCUUGACCUAAUUCAUAUCUCCAUGAAAAUGGAGACUCUAUAUUCAAGCACACACUACUGGCUAGUUGAACACCCAAGCAUCAGCCAAUUCGAAUGGAAGUAUGGCCACACUUCAGGUUCCUCCCUACUUUUCCCUACACUUUCAGUCUUUAUCUACUUGUCUCUCACUCUAUUAGCUCUUCGCUUCUCGCCAUUCCUUCCCACCUUCUCCGCCACCGCCCUCCACCGCAUCACUACUGUGCACAGCCUCCUUCUCUGCCUCCUCUCUCUAAUCAUGGCCGUCGGCUGCACCCUCUCCGUCAUUCACCAGAUGCCACGUCAUGAUUGGAAAUGGAUAGUCUGCUUCCCUACCAAUCAUACUCUUCCACGUGGACCUUUGUACUUCUGGGCUAAAUUCUUUUACCUUUCCAAGAUUCUUGAAUUCAUAGACACCCUUUUAAUCAUCCUCAGUAAUUCUCGAUCACGAAGGCUCACGUUCCUCCACGUGUACCACCAUGCUACGGUGCCUGUUAUCUGUUACAUCACACUAUCUAGUGCGAAUUCACAGUCGAUGAUCCAUGUUGCGGUGAUUACAAAUUCUUCGGUUCAUGUUAUAAUGUACGCUUAUUACUUCCUUUGUGCAAUGGGAAAGAGGCCACGGUGGAAGAGGUUGGUCACCAACUGCCAAAUUUUUCAAUUCAUCCUUAACUUCCUAUGUGGAGUGGCAACAAUCUAUUAUCACCUCACAACUGAGAUUGGGUGCUCUGGCGUUGGAAUUUUGUGCUUUAAUAUGAUCUUUAAUACCUCACUUUUGCUACUUUUUCUUGACUUUCGUUCCAAGAACUAUACCAACAACAUGAUCAUCAAAGAGCGCGCUGAUAACCAGAAAAAAUCCGUUUAUUAGCUUCUACCUAGCGUCCCUUUUCCGUUGCUUUCAUAUAGUAGUACUAUGGUUUAUUUAGUUUCUACAUGCUUAUGUAAUACUAAACAUCGUUACAUCUGUAUUUUAGUAAAAUUAGGGGUUGUUUGGUUUACAUACUAUUUAUGAUGAGAUUAGAUAUUGAUAUGCCGUGAAUAAUAAUGUAAGAAUUCUUAUGCA